UCUAAGAAUGCCUGUCACCCUCACACCCCCUCCCAGGCUGGUCCUUCGACUGUGGACCGAGGACAGCCAGAGCCUCAUCCCCAUGAGCGCCAAGUUUGGGGCCAGCCUGGAGCUGUGUGGACACUUGCUCAAGUCCGCCCGAGACCUAGGCCUGGCUGUGGUGGGAGCCAGCUUCCACGUGGGCUCGGGCUGCCAGAAUCCCCACAGCUUCGCACAGGCCAUCGCUGACAGCCGGCGGGUGUUUGAGAUGGGCCGUGGGGUCGGGCAUGACAUGAGCCUCCUGGACAUUGGAGGGGGCUUCCCCGGAGUGGAGGGCUCUGAGCCGGAGUUUGAGAAGGCACGAGGCACCCGGAAACUGUUGUACUAUCUCAACGAGGGCCACUAUGGCACCUUUCGCGACUUCCACAGGGAUCAUGUCCCCAGGAUGCCAAUUGUGGUGAAGGAGCUCUGCUCAAAGCCGCCCCUCUUCCCCUGCAUCCUUUAUGGCCCCACGUGCGAUGCCUUUGACACGUUCUACAAUGAGGAGGUGCAGCUGCCUGAGCUGGACGUGGGUGACUGGCUUAUCUUCCCCUCCAUGGGCGCCUAUAGUUCAGUCCUGAGCUGCACCUUCAAUGGCUUCCCGCCUGCGACCAUCUGCUACAUGAUGGGACCUGAGCUCAGGAGCCUGCUGGAGACAGCGCCUUAAGCUGGGACAUGGCAGCUUGGAGUGGCUCCAGACACCUCGCUUCUGCAAAUGUUUCUUCCCAUCCAUCAAUCUUGCUGUUGCCUCCAUUCAGCCACGACCAGAGGAAUCUUUUUUAGCAUCUGUGGGCUGAAGAGAUUUCUCCCCAGAUAUCUGAGGAGAAGAGAUGGGCUGCAGAUGCCACCUAAGGAAGCCAGAAGGCUCACACAGCCCUUAGAGCAGUGGUUCUCAACCUUCCUAAUGCCGAGACCCUUUAAUACAGUUCCUCAUGUUGUAGUG